AAAACAAAAUAAAACCCGCAAAUACAUAAACUGCUAAAAUACAAGAAACCCAACUUCCGGUUCCAACUCACUCUGAAACUGCUAACUGUGAUCCCAAAACCCAAAUAGAUCCUUCGAGGUCAUAACCGGCCGGUCUGGACCGGUCCGCUGAUUCUGCAGCCGAUGAAGUGUAAAUCGGUGGCCUGCAUAUGGUCGGGCUCACCGCCGGUUCACAGAGUAACCGCCGUCGCCGCACUCCACGAACCGCCGACUCUUUACACUGGCGGAUCAGAUGGCUCCAUCAUCUGGUGGAACAUUAAUUCCUCCCUCGCAAAACCGGAAAUCAGACCAGUAGCGAUGUUGUGUGGUCAUGCCGCUCCAAUAGCUGAUCUAGGGAUUUGUUUUCCCCUCGAGCCAUCUGAAAAUUCAGUUAAAUGUGGUGCACUAAUCAGUGCAGGCAGUGAUGGUGUAUUAUGUGUUUGGAGCAGAGAAAGUGGACACUGCAGACGAAGAAGGAAACUUCCUCCUUGGACAGGAAGCCCAUUCAUGAUUAGGACAUUGCCCCUAAACAAGAGGUAUGUAUGUAUUGCCUGUACUUUUGUCAAUGUCAACCAAGAACAUCCUUCAACUGUUUUGGUGGAAGGACAUGAGUCUUUGACCGAUAUAGAGGUACAAAAUUCAAAUCCUUUGAAAUGUACAGUUGUAAUCGUAGACUCAUUUACUCUUGGAGUUGUCCAAACAGUUUUCCAUGGGAAUGUGUGUAUUGGACCUUUAAAGUCCACUGCAGUGGUAUUUACCUCAGAAGAUAUGGAGACACAGAUGGUAAUGAUCAUUGAUGUGUUUGGUAAGGUACUAUAUUUACCAAUAUUGAAGGACUCUGACCUAAAGGGGCCAAAUGUCCCUGUUAUGUCAAAUGAUUCCUCAAAUUUAGAAGUGAUGGACUGGGCGGAUGAAUCCAGAGAGAAGGAUUCUCUUAUGGCCUUUGCCAAGAGGGAUUAUGUUUUGGCCCUUGUGCAUAGAACAUAUUGCACAUUUAGGCAAACACAUAAUGGAAUUGUCUUUGGAAAGAUAUCUUUCACAGUUGAUCAGUUGUGUUUCCAAGACAAGCUAUAUGUAACGGGUGGCAUGUUCCUAAAGGAUGAUACCAGUAUCUCAAGUAAUGGUUUUGUGGAAGAGUUUGUAGCUUGGAAUAACACAGGUGCAGCUGUUAUAUACAGGAUAUCUUACUUGAAUGGUAUAUUUAACUAUGAUCUUCUAUCUGUUAUCCCUGCUGUAUUGCAUUCUUCUGAUAUGAGACUAUGCUUUUCCUUCAUACCUUUGAGUAAGUACGUAUUUCGUGUUGAGUCAAUUUGCUUUCAUGUCAAGAUACAUAAGUUCUGGAGACCUCAUGUUACCAUCUGGUCUUCACCUGUGCAACACGAUCAUACUCAUAAUUCUCCAUUAAAGUGUGAAAUGCUCGCUGAAGGUGAUUUUUUUGAUGAUUUGGUUAUGGACUUCUCUUUGUCAAAAACUGAUGGCCUAUACCAGAGUGUUCUCGGUGAAGGAGCUAUUACGAGUUAUGAGAUGACUAUGCCGGAGAAUAGUGUGCCAUCUCCAAGUGAGAGGGAUAGUAAAUAUUCAAGUUAUGUUACUCAUCAAGGAGGUGAACUAGUAUCUUCUUCCAUGGUCAUAUCUGAAAAUUAUCCAGCCCCUUACGCAAUCGUUUACGGGUUCUUUAGUGGUGACAUUGAAAUUGUUAGGUUUCGAAUGUUCUUCUCAGCUUUGGAGUCACUUACCCAAAAUCCAUCUCAGGAGGCAGAUCCAAAUGAACAGAAGCACCAUCUCUCUGGGCACAAUGGAGCAGUGCUGUGUUUAGCUUCACAUCAAAUGGUGAGAAGGUCUGGAGCAUGUAGUUCAAAUCAUGUUUUGCUGUCUGGUAGUAUGGAUUGCACAGUUCGUGUGUGGGAUCUUGAAUCUGGUAAUCUCAUUUCAGUAUUGCACCAACAUGUGGCUCCAGUACGCCAGAUAAUUCUUCCUCCGUCACAAAUUGAAUACCCAUGGAGUGAUUGCUUUUUAACUGUAGGGGAUGAUUUAUGCGUCUGCCUUGUUUCACUUCAAACUUUGAGGGUGGAGAGAUUAUUUCCUGGACAUAUGUACUUUCCAGAAAAAGUCCUGUGGGAUGGUGUAAGAGGUUACAUAGCAUGUCUGUGUCCAAAUCAUUCGGAAAAGCCUGAUCUGCAUGACAUUCUGUACAUUUGGGAUGUAAAGACAGGUGCUCGUGAGCGAGUUCUUCGUGGAGUUGCUGCACAUUCAAUGUUUGACCAUUUUCUUAAAUCCAUCAAUGAGAUCUCUUUGUCUAGCAAUUUGAUGAACCGAAAUACUUCAGUUUCCUCUUUAGUUUCGCCGGUGAUUGAGCCUACAAAUUUUUCACAAUCUCAUCCAAAAGUUCAAGGGAAGGGAAUUACUCCUCAAGCAUCCACAGCAAGUAAACUUGAACGAAAUGCUCCAGAAGCAUCAAAUAUUAGGAAUGGAGCUGGUGAAAAAUCAGGUGGGUUUGCAUCAGGAAUCUUUAAGAAGCACCCAAUUAAAAGCUCAUCUCCUUUCCCUGGAGUUUCCACUUUGUGUUUUGAUCUCUCUUCGUUGAUGUCACUAUGCUCUAUGAAUGAGUUUUUUGAGGAUGGUAGUCACAUUGAAGAAAAGAAGCAUAUGCGUAGCCCUCAACACAGGAAUGGGAAGAGUAAAUCAGCUGGGGCACCAAUUGUUACACCAGAACAUUAUGAAUGGGUUCGAACACUUGAAGGAUGCCUACUGCAGUUCAGCCUGUCGCUUCUGCACCUUUGGGAUGUUGAUAAGGAACUUGAUAACUUGCUAAUAACUGGAAUGCAUCUCAAAAAACCUGAUUCCUUUAAUAUAUCUUCUGGCAUAUUAGGGGACCGGGGUUCCAUGACACUGACAUUUCCUGGUUCUAGUUCAACUCUAGAGCUCUGGAGAUCUUCUUCUGACUACACUGCCUUGAGAUCAUUAACUAUGGUGUCCCUAGCGCAGCAUUUAAUCAGCUUAAACCAUUCUUGUUCUUCUGCGAGUGGUGCUUUAGCAGCAUUUUACACACGGAAUUUUGCAGAGAAGAUUUCAGAUAUUAAACCUCCUUCCCUUCAGGUAACACAUGUAAGCUUUUGGCAGAGCGAGUUUGAACAUGUGAAAAUGGCUGCUCGCUCUUUAUUUCAUUGUGCUGCUUCACGAGCUAUUCCCCAUGCACUGUGUUGUUCAAAACCCACUCAGUAUGUAAGUCUUGACAAAACAUCAGAGAAAGAGCAUGGAAAUGCAACUACAGUGUGUUCUAUAUCUGAUGUGGACAUGGGAUCUCAUGAGGACUUUAGUGAGGAAGAGUCAGAAAUAACAUUGUGGUUGGAAUCAUAUGAAUUUCAAGGUUGGAUUUCAUGUGUUGGAGGAACAACUCAGGAUGCAAUGACUUCUCAAAUAAUUGUUGCUGCUGCAUUGGCUGUCUGGUAUCCCAUCCUUGUCAAACCAAGACUUGCCACAGUAGUGGUUCAUCCUCUGGUAAAAUUAGUCAUGGCCAUGAAUGAAAAGUAUAGUGCUGCGGCAGCUGAGGUUUUAGCCGAAGGUAUGGAGAGUACUUGGAAGGUGUGCAUUAGUUCUGAAAUACCUCGCCUGAUAGGGGACAUAUUCUUUCAAGUAGAGUGCGUCAGUAGUUCAUCAGCUAAUGCAUCUUCACCAAACAAUGCGGCACCUCAUAGAAUUCAAGAGACUUUAGUUGGAAUUCUUCUUCCAAGUUUAGCAAUGGCUGAAAUUCCCGGAUUUCUACAUGUUAUAGAAAGCCAAAUUUGGUCCACUGCUUCUGAUUCACCCGUUCAUGUGGUGUCCCUGAUGACUUUGAUCAGGGUUGUCCGUGGUUCUCCGAGAAACUUAGCUCCAUAUCUGGACAAGGUGGUCAUUUUUAUUUUGCAGACAAUGGAUCCGAGCAAUUCAACCAUGCGGCGAAGUUGCCUCCAAAGUUCUAUGAUGGUGCUGAAAGAGGUUGUACGUGUCUUUCCUAUGGUAACCCUAAAUGAUACAUCAACCCGGUUGGCAGUUGGCGAUGCAAUUGGCGACUUAAAAAAUGCUAAUAUUCGGGUGUAUGACAUGCAAAGCAUGACCAAGAUAAAGGUCUUGGAUGCCAGUGGACCUCCUGGACUUCCAAGUUUGCUUGGCGGAGACUUAGGAACAGCAAUGACUACAGCAAUAUCCGCUUUAAGCUUCUCACCAGAUGGAGAGGGGUUGGUUGGCUUUUCGGAGAAUGGUUUGAUGAUUAGAUGGUGGUCACUGGGAUCUGUGUGGUGGGAGAAACUCAGCCGAAAUCUUGUUCCUGUACAGUGCAGCAAACUGAUAUUAGUUCCCCCAUGGGAGGGAUUCUCACCUAACUCUACUAGGUCUAGUAUAAUGGCUAGUGUAUUGCGUGAGAAUGGACACACCAAUUCACCGGGAGGCAACAAAGCUCUGGCUGAAAUGGACAGGUUGAAACUCCUGGUUCAAAAUCUUGACCUGUCUUACAGACUCGUCUGGGUUAGUGAAAGAACAGUAAAGCUUUCACAACAUUCCAACGAGCUCGGCACCUUCCAGCUGUAAACACUCCUGUAGGCCAAACAUCUUCUCAAGUCCUGCUCUAGUUUGCUAAACACAAUUUUGGCUUUCAUUCUUUUGUUGUAACAAAAUAGCACAAUCCUCUACCUACUCUACUUCAAUCAUUCAUGUGAAAUCUAUUACGUUGUAAUAUACACAUUGCUGUAAUACGAAGACAAGUUUAAUCAAGACGAAGAAGCAUUUGUUAUGGAUUAA